AGAGAGAUAGAUGGAGGAGGGGGGCAGAGAGAUAAAGAUAGCUGAAAGGAGGGAGAUCCGUCAGCGUUUGUUUCCUCAGGAUGUGGUUACCACGACGACGAAAAGGCAGAGAGGCAACAUCACUACCCGCUGGUCCCUUCUGACACCUGCAAAUGUGUGUGUGUGAGUGUGAAAGUAAGUGUGUGUGUGUGUGUGUGUGUGUGUGUGUGUGUGUGUGUGUACGUGUGUUUCGAUGAGUAACUGAGUGAGUAGCUGAGUGUGUGCGUGCAUGAAAAAGACAGUGUAUGUGUGGUCUGAGUAUGCGGUGGUUGUGUGUGUGUCCAUUUUGCUUAAUGUAUGUGUGACAGACAGUGUGUGUGUGUGUGUGUGUGUGUGUGUGUGUGCGCGCGCGCGCGCGCGCGCUGUCAAAUGAUAGAACAGCGAAGAGAGAGAGUCAGAUAGGAAGAACUAUGUGACAGGUUGAAAAUCAGAAGGGGAAAUAAUUAGACAAACGCACGAGACAGUGGAGAGCGAUAAAGUAAAAAAAAGUCAGAGACAACUAUGUGGAUAAUCAGAAGAGCAACCAGAACCCGAAAACAUGAACAGCAGAGGACGAACAUAUGUGAAAAGGAAAUUAAGCGCCAAAGACUGGCACUCUAGCUAAACCCAGUGAGCCAUCAUGGAGGACCGUUCAUCCACCCACACCUUUGCCAAUCACCAUCAUUGCCUCCGUCCACCCUUUCACCUUCAGAGCUCUGAAGUUGGAUAUCCAUCCACCCAGCAUGCCCUGGAUUCCCUGAAGCAGUAUGGAAGUAGAGGGGAAGAAUCCAUAACAUCCUUCUCGACUUCGAGCACUUCUUCUGGGGGAAGGAGAGGGAGCAGCGGGGGUGACAGAGGCUUCCUAAACACGAGUGGAGGUGGUUUGGAUGGAGAUGGUAGUCUAGGAGGCCAUCUUGACAGAGAAAGCAGUUCAGGCGGCCAUUUUGCUGACGCUUGGUAUGGCAGUAGCAAAAAAGAGGAUGUUUGGGAUGACGGGGAGAGUUGUGAAAGCACUGCAGACGAUUUUUAUGGUAAAGGUGGUUGCUACAGUAACGUAAAUGAUGUUUUUUACACCAAGGAUUGUGGCAGUGAGGACGGAGUCACUCGUAGAGUCAGAGCAAACUACAAUAGUUAUUCCCAUGUUAGCUGUGAAUCUAAAACUGACACAGUUUACGUUAGGGAUGCUAACGUUAGCCACUUUACUAAACAAACUAGUUACAGAAGUGAUGGCAGUGUAGAUUAUUGCAGAACAGAUUCAAGAGUGAGUGAUAAUUAUUUAGGAAGGGAGGAAGAUUAUGGGUCCAGCAGUGGCUCAGGUGAGGAUCAGCUUCAACCAGCAGAGUUGGAGCAGGGACCCUGGCUCAAUUAUUCCUCUUUGAAUCAAACUGGAGACGGUAGGUGGAGAGCAGGAUCAAACACCCGCACUUUGGCCUCCGGGUGUCUUCCACAGAGAUCGCCUAUAGGCAUCAACAGUGGGACAUACACUCAAAAACUGGACUCUUUCUCUGAAGCUUUUCUCUCCCAGCGGAAGGGAAGAUUCCCUAUGAUUCCCAGCGGUGAUUCUUCUGGACACAUCUGGGAAUUUGGAGUUGGGAAAGGAGAAAGCCCCGGACUGAUCAAGUCAAGGCACAGCUGCGCUUUUGAUUCAGACCCCUACUUGCCACCCUCUUCCUCCUCACCUAUUCACCCGUCUCUCCCGUCUUUCCCCUCUCCUCCCACAUCAUCUCAUCUCAUGCCGUCAGUUCUUAGUCCUCCUCCCACACCUUUACCUCCUCCCUCUCACUCCCCAUCCAAAAUGGACUCUCCCGGUGCGUUCGGGGGAACCGCACAUCCGGUUUCACAGGGGGGAGACACACUUGGUGGGCUCCAGUUUUUUGCUUCCCGCCUUCAGCCAUCUGUCCACUCCCCUGGGAUGAUAUGGAAGUUUCCCCUGCUGUCACAUUGCUUUUCACAGUCGUCAGAAGACCCCAGCAACAACGAGGACAACCUAAGAUCUUCCCAUGGUGGUGACUAUGGCAACAUCACAGCCUCACAUGACGUUGUUCAGUCUGCCGAAUCAGCGUUCCUCACUUCUUCAUCCCACCGGCCGUCCCUCCAACCAUCCAGAGCUCUCUGUCCCACCAACACUCCAUUCCUCCAUCCCUCCUUCCCUCUUCCCUCUCGCCCAUGUCACCUUUCAGGCCAACAUAAUGAGGCGGCAGAAAAGAACGCUCCUUACAUGGUGACCCAGAAAGUAAAGAACGGACCAAUCAGCGUCAGCCAGCCACAGCUACAGCAACAAUCUUCUCCAAUCUACACUGGAACUCCAUUUCCCAGUAUCCUUCACUCUAGCAGGGGUCACAGGAGGGGUCACUACACUCCUCGACCCCUCCUCAAUCCAGCCCGCAGGGGGGCAGGGCUCUACUCCUCCCUGUCAUCUCUCCAUCACAGAGAGGAAGAGACGGCAUGUGGAAAAGAGGAAGAGGAGUGUAGUGUGUUGGCGUGGGUCAACGUGGGUCCUGCUUUCCAGGCUGAGCUGCCUCUGUGCUGUGCGGAAGGUGAGCGGUCAGAGGUGUGGUCACCAGAGGGUGAAUUGCCCAGGGAACAGUUGCUGUGGAAACCAUUGGACAAGCUGGAGGAGAGUACCAACUUACAAGAUCAAGUGGAGAAGCUGUUGUCGAUGUGUAGUUCUAGCUGCUUACCAGGAGGGGGCAGUAACAUGGAGCUGGCUCUGCACUGUCUGCACUACUGUCAGGGAAACACAAUGGCCACACUGGAGAUGCUGCUGUUCUCACAGCCUUCACCAACUGGAGACUACCACUACUCUGGUAGUGAUCUUUGGACAGAAAGUGAAAAAAAUCUCUUCAGUACAGCUCUGGGGACUUAUGGAAAAGACUUUUCACUCAUACAAAAAAUGGUGAAAACUAAGACCGUGUGCCAGUGUGUUGAGUUUUACUACCUAAGCAAGAAGCUCCUGGACAAACAGACGAAACAGAAGGAGGAAGAGAACAGAGAUGGUGAGACGGAGCAGCAGGAAAGUACAACACCCAUCUGUCAGCCAGUAGACAGGCAGUUUGGACGAGAGGAGGCGGUUCCUGUGCCCUCAUUGGCCAGCUUCUUCCCCUGCAAGCUGUGCGGCAAAAUGUUCUAUAAAAUCAAGUCCCGCAAUGCUCACAUGAAGAUCCAUCGCCAGCCUCAGGAGGAUUGGACCGACAGGCGGCUGCAGCACCAGCUCCUCACUCAGCGUCUGGCCCUCAGUCAUACUGCCAACCUUAUGCCUACCCCAGGAAGUAACUUGCUGCCAUCUCAGACUCCAGCACUGACCUUUCCCUCCUCUGGCCUCCCCGGUACUUCAAACAACAACAGCAAUACAGACAGUGUCCUCAACUCUGUAACCAGUAGCAACGCCAUCGCUCCCAGCAAUUCCAGUGUCCUAGAUCCCAGCACGCCUGUAACAUAUAGCAAUAUCAGCGCUCCAAACUCUCAUGUAAUCCCCAGUAUUGAUGUCAGUGACUCAAAUCAAAGAGAGUCCAACACUGUCUUACCUUUCCAUCAGUCAUGGGGCUCAUUUGGACACAGCCCCGACCCUGCUGCCUUCUACUGCAACCAAGAAGGGAAGGACACUGUAGGAGCCCAGACAGGAGGUGUGAAAGAGCCAAUCAAUUGGCAGUAGUGUUUAAUUCUCCCAAAAGCAUUACUACCACUGAGGUCUGAGACUCAUCAACAUAUAUGCAUUGAAUUUUCAAUUCAAACUCAUUUUUGAUUCAAACUUCAGUCCUGGACAGCCUCCAGGUGCUUUCUUUUUUUAAUGCAUAUUUUUGUUGUAAACUGAGCACUUGUGUGUGUUACAUAUUUAAAUGUUUCUUAUACAUUUGACAUUUUAAUUAAAUUUGUAACCUUACGCUCGCUUUUGGUGUUUCUGUAUUCAGAAUAAUUUGGCCUACAGUACAGGAGCUCAUAUAUGCACACAUUUUUAUUUCUACAGUAUACUUGUGAGGAAGUGAUUGCCCUUGGCUUCUUCCCCUAAUCUUACCACAUAUCCUUGCCCUUCUAACUGUAACCAAGACCAACUCUUAACCCUCACACAGCCCUUUACAAAACACCAAAAUAUCCUCACUUUUCAAAAAAGUCCUCACUCUCAAGGUCUGAAACGCACAAAGAUCAAGGUCCUCACAAAGAUCCAAAUGUAAGAGCCUACACACACAUGUCCACAAAGACAGACACACACAGCUUGUUGAAAGGACUUGAUAUAACACCAUAAUGGGCUAAUAUUGACCUUGGUAGACCAUCUCCUCUCUCACAGCUGUCUGAGUACUAACUACAGAGUGUGUGUUUAUGUGUGUUUGUGUGUGUGUGUGUAUGUGUGUGUGUGUGUGUGUGUGUGUUUGUGACUGUAUCCUGGAAAAUACUGGGAAAGGGCUAGAAGCAGUAGUUAUAUGUAUUUGUGUGUGUGAGUGGUAUAAUAAAAAAUGAAACAUAAACAUAAAAAAAAAUAAUUUUAGGAUAAUUUGUGAUGACAUCAACCAAAAACUUUCUUCACCUUGCAUUAUAUACUGUAUAUCAAUCUAUUUCCUAGUGUCUGCAUGUUGAUUUUUAUUAUAAUACUGAAUGUUAAGACAACGUCCUUAUGACCUUAUGUUUACACUCAAUUCACCUGCACUGAUUGGGUCAGUAUCUUAUCUGUUGUCUCUAGUGCAUUUCUUAAGGCGGUUCUUUUAUCCCAUAUCUUCAUGAGUGUUACUAGCACUAUGCUAGCGAUAACAGUGUGUGUAUAUGGUAUGUACAAGCAUAUAUAAUGUACAAUGUGCCCUUCUAGGUAUCCUUGUUAAAGAACUAUCCACGUCCUGUAUGAGUAUGCAGUUCCUCAAGCGUAUGUGUGCAUGCAUGUGCUCUAUUGUGUGAUCAUAUGAGUUUGUGUGUACACAUGUGUAUGUGAGCGUCAUGUGUGCACCCCUGUUUAUGUGUCCCUGAAACUAUUUACAAUGGCCUUUUAAAUGGUUCCUCCCCCUGAAACACUCCCUCCCCGUGGCAAAAGUCCAGUGUGUCCAGCAGAGUUUGUCUGCCCUCUUUUCUCUGUCACUGAUUCUUUCCAGCGCUGCACCUCCCACCUCUGUAACAUAGCGUGAGCUGUUUCUAGUUAAUAAAUGUGCUUGACCAGUG